AUGGCCAACGGCUCGGGGCUCAGCGUCACCGAACUCGCCGGCUCAGUGGGGUUUAUCCUGGCGGUUCUCGUAGAGGUGGGGGCCGUGCUGGGCAACAGUACACUGCUCGUGGUGGUGCUGCGCACACCGGACCUGCAAGAUGCCUUCUACCUGGCGCACUUGUGCGUUGUGGACCUGCUGGCAGCCGCCUCUAUCAUGCCUCUGGGCCUGCUGGCCGCGCCGCCCGGGCUGGGCAGUGUGCCCCUGGACCCCUCGUCGUGUCGGGCGGCACGCUUCCUCUCGGCCGCUCUGCUCCCCGCAUGCACGCUCGGCGUGGCCGCUCUCGGCCUGGCGCGCUACCGCCUCAUAGUGCAUCCGCUGCGGCCAGGCGCGCGCCCGGCGCCGGCACUGGUGCUCACCGCGGUGUGGUCGGCGGCCGCGCUCCUGGGCGCGCUCUCCUUGCUUGGGCCACCACCCGCGCCACCUCCGGCUCCGGCUCGCUGCUCCGUCCUGGCCGGGGGACUCGGGCCCUUCCGGCCACUCUGGGCGAUGCUAGCUUUCGCGUUGCCCGCCCUCCUGCUACUGGCCGCUUACGGUAGCAUUUUCCUGGUGGCGCGGCGCGCCGCCCUCCGGCCUCCGCGCGGGACCCGGCUCCGCUCCGACUCUCUGGACAGUCGCCUCUCUUUCUUGCCGUCUCUCCGGCCACGUCUGCCCGGGGGCAAGGCGGCCCUGGCCCCAACCCUGGCCGUGGGCCAGUUUGCAGCUUGCUGGCUGCCUUAUGCCUGUGCGUGCUUGGCGCCCGCGGCGCGCGCCGCAGCGGCGGAGGCUGCUGUCACCUGGGUAGCCUACUCCGCCUUCGCGGCUCACCCCUUCCUCUAUGGCUUGCUGCAGCGUCCGGUGCGCCUGGCGCUGGGACGCCUUACCCGCAGAGCACUGCCUCGGGCCCCGAAAGCCUGCACACCGCAAGCCUGGGACCUGCGGACACUCCUUCAGCGCCUCCGAAAGGACCCUACCCUAGGCCCUUCGGAGGUUCCACAACAGACCCGAGAAUUGGCAGGACAGAGCCCAAAUGUGUCAGAGGCCACCUGA